UUCUGAGACUGUUAAUUUCUGUGUCGCGCAUUAUUUGUCGUCUCGUUGACUUGUUUAGGUUAAAUAAAUUAAUGACUGCAAUAAACAAAAUAUAUUUUUGGUCUGAAUAGAAACAAAAUCAACAUCAUACAAUGGAUGUUUUCUUGAUGAUAAGAAGAAAAAAGCUAACGAUUUUCACCGAUGCCAAGGACACGACCACGGUUUUAGAACUAAAAAAAAUUAUUGAAGGUAUUUUGAAAGUUCCUCCACAAAAUCAGCAACUAUUUAAUAAAGACAACACAGUAAUGGAUGAUUCUAUGCUACUCUCUGAUUAUGGUCUGACUUCUACUACUGCCAAAGCUCAAAGUCCUGCAACUGUUGGUCUUGCUAUAAAAGAUGAUAAUGGCGAAUUUGAAGCACUGGAUCUAAUACCAUACUCAGCCCCUCCAGAUCUACCAGAUGUAAUGAAAUCUCAAGAAAAUAAUGGCCAGGAACAGUCCUCUUGAACUAACUGUACAAAACUUCAAUUUUUAUACAUCAUUGUUUUGCUUUACACACAUCGAAUCCUCAACUACUUUUUGUUAAAUUCUGAGCUGAUGUUUUUUUUAAAUGUAAUUUAUUUUAAGGACCUGCACACUUAUUUGAGGUGUUGAUAUUUAAUAGGUAAUGAUGAUAUAGGUUGUGCUUGUUUUUGGUUUUUCAAUUUUUAGGCUUAAACCCUUGUUACCAUUUUAUUUAAAAUGUUACUAAAAUGACUUCUCAAAGGUAGGUAAAAAGAUAAUUAAUCAGGCAAUUCUUGUAAUGCUUGGUAUAUUAUCCAAAAUUGGUAAAUGAUCUUUUUUAAAUGUACUUAUAAAUUAUAUACCAAAUAGUGUUUUGAAGUCUUUUUAAACCCUGGUAUGUUCAGCUUUCAGUAAAAAAAUAUUUAACAGAGAUGUUUAUCCAAGGUAUUGGGAAACAUUUUGUAGAAAAUAGAAAUAUUAUUGUGAACUCGUUAACCAACAAUUUACAAUAACAUAACUGUUUUGCUGGAUUCUCACACCACUCUUUGAGUAAUCUACUUUUCUUUCAUUUUAUUCAGGGUUCAAAUAAAUCAAUUAAAGUCAUGAAUCAAACCAACUGAUUUUUAUUAAUUUACAUCAUAUUUAUAAUCAAACCAUAAAUUUUCUAAAUCAUUCGCUUUUAAUUAUUAUUAUAAUAUUUAUCUAUUAAAACCAAAGUAAUAAUGAAAAUCAUAUUACCCCAGUACCUCUUUAAUACAAAUUCCAAAAAUUUGCCACCAUUCGAAUUAUUGCACAAAGAAUCUAAAGGGUAUUUUUUAUGAAUUUAAGUUAAUAAUAUAGUGAAAUUUUAGUUAUCUUUCAACGUUACAUUUCGCUCCGUUAGUAGUAAAGUGACGAAUCAAAAUUGGUAAAUGUUUAUUAGUAGGGUGGUUUAAAAAUUCGAAAGUAAACACAACAUCUAGCAAGGUAUAAAAAUAUUUUAUUCAACAUUUUUUUGUUAUAACUCUCAGUAAUAAUGCAUUCUUUAGUAUUGUUUGAUGUUUAAUUGAAAUAUUUAAAUUUCACCUUAAAUAAGAAAGGAAGUUUUAGCUCUUAUUCGAGUUGUGACACUUUUUCAUAAAAACUAAGCAUUACUUAAAUUAUUAAUGUCGGUUUUAAUUUAUGUAUGAUUGUUAUAGAAACUGGGUUGGAUUAUAAUUUUAAGAAAAUCCUAGCCUUGAUAUAAAAAAUUCGAUUGAAUUCAUAUACAAAUUAGGGCUAGUGUAUACAUACUGUAUACAACUGUUGCGUUGACUAACUGUUUCGUCGAGUUUUAUACUUUUCGUGAUUUCUACUCAACUAAACAGUUUAGUUGAUAGAAGCAGCAACGCUGGAGUCAAGGUGCUAUAAACAAUAUCAAUUAACAAGAAAGUUUUAGUUUCUGCUUUGAUUUAUAGACAUUUUAAGAGAGAUAAAAAUGGAAGAUACUGUGUACAUCGUAUACUCAGUGAUAGAUAGUCUAGUGGAAUAUUUCAUAAGUUACAUUCUAUGCAGACAAGUUUUUCAAAUAUUAUAGAAUGAGUGAAGAAACGUUCAAUAAAAUAAUUUCAUUCGUGGGUCCUUAUAUAAAACGCCAUGAUACAAGAUGGAGAUGCGCCAUAACAAUAGAAGAGAGUCUUAGUGUUACUUUAAGGUAAGUAAUAAAUUAAAACACAUUUAUAAUAUAAUAAUCAACAUUUCAUUUUAAUAAAAGCUUAAAUAAAAUUGUAGUUCAAGUCGAGUAGAGAAGGUUUGAAAUUCGAUAUGUAGCUUGGCAAACUAUCGUGAGUGUUGAGAGCUUGUAGAUGUGCAUUAUCGGAUAUGUUCCGGUCUAGAAACAUCAGUAUGAGGUGUUGUAGAUCCAGUACAAUACUCAGGCUGCUGAUUUAUUUGUUGUAAUAAAUUGUUUCUUGAAGGCUGUAAUAAAUUGUUCGUUGCAUGAAAUUGUGAAGGAUGUAAAAAAAUGUUUCGUGAAGGAAGAUUGAUUAAUUCGUCUGUUGGCUUUUACUCUUCGACCUAAAUGUAGUAUUUCAAUUUUGGCUUGACAUUUUUGGUCAUCUGUAACGUGGGAAUUAAAGAGAGAACAAAAUGUUUGUGUUCAUCGAAAUCAUCUUUUAGUAUGUUGAACAAAGAUUCUUAGAACUUCGGAUCUGAGUUAACUAAUCUAACCUAACUUUUUUGUUCCCUGUAUUUUGUCUUAUAGGUACAUUCGAGCACAUAUUGUCAGAAGUUUCGGUUUUGUCUUCAGCUGCAGUGGAAUCUAGAUUACCAUCAGUGGAUCGUUCUGCCAAUGAAGAUUUUAGAAAUAGCAACUUUUCAAAAUAUGGAUAUUUUCGACGUUUCUCUGCCGCUUGUCCGGCUGUUGUUUUUUGAGUUUAAUUCUCUUUAAUAGCAGAUUCUCAAGUUAAGUAAUUUCUGCUGGACCUCUGUAUAUGUAUAAAAAAUAUAUUUAUUAAAUAUAAUAUGAAACGAAUCAUAUUUAUUUAUAUAUUUAACAAAUAAUAAUUGCAAAAGCUGUAGCUUAUUUGUAUAAUACAGGGUGUAAAAAAAAUCGAUCGAAAAAAAAUUGAAUUUCUUUGGGAAAGUUGCUUAAUUUCAUGAGUCGAUUUAAUUUCCUUCGGGUGUAUAUCCCCUUUCCGUUUUAUCGUAUAUAUUUUUAAGUAAUACAUAUAUUUUUACAGAUAUCUGGCUACUGGCAACCGCUUCAAUACACUUUCAUUUACAUAUCAAAUAGGAGCAACAACUGUGAGAAACAUCGUAAGAGAUACGUGUGAUCAAAUUUGGGCAACAAUGCCACCAGUAGACAGAAGAAUAUUGGGUUGAAAUUGCAGAUAAAUUUUAGACCCGAACUAAGUUCCCUAAUGUCAUUGGCGUCUUCGAUAGGGGGAACGUAUUUCGGUUAAUUCAACCAGAUAACUCUAGAUCUUUAUUGUUUAAUUAUAAAAAUUACCAUUCUAUGGUGUUAAUGGCUUGGAUCGAUGCUGAUUCUAAAUUUAUUUAUAUUGAUGUUGGUGUAUAUGGAGAUUUCAAAAAUAGUUUGAAUAUUCCGAAUAGAAGAAUAAUAGGAAAAAGAUGCACUUUUGGUAUUUGAGCCAAUAAAUGGCGAAUAUUUCAUAGAGGGCUUCAUGUAAACCUAGAUUUCAUAGAAUCUAUAAUUAAAACAUGUUGUGUACUACAUAACCUCAUACGAAUUAAAGAUACAAUACAAUUACAAAUUACAAAUACAAUUCAAAGACGCGCUUUAUGACGUUCCACUAGAAAAUAUAACAUCUCAUGAUGACAACAGAGGCAGAAAUCUAACCGGGGCAGAAAGGUCCUAUACCUGACAAUAAAUCGAAAAAGUAAUUAGCAAAGAAAGUCUAGUUUUCAUAAUUUUUGGAAAAACCACUAUCCCCUUCAUUAUAACACAGGUAAAUGCCAAUCCCAAGCGUUUACUACCUAUUCCUGUAUUAAAGUUUUCUACGGAUUUGUACUGUUGUAGAUUUGAAUUUUUUUGUGUGGAUUCAAAGCUAUAUUUUCAUAGUUUCUGUUUUUAUUUCAACAUGUAACCUUUUACUUCAGGUAUGUAACAACAUUUUAAUAAAAUUAUAUCUGCAGAAAAAUAUAUGUAUUUAGUUAAUAUUAUUUAAAACAAAAAAUAAAAUGAAAUAAUAUAAUUUUAACAUUUUCCAAAAUAUAAGUAAGCUUUUAAUUGGAUUCCAAUAUAUUCCAACAAUUUUUAUAAUUCGCAUUAUUUUAGCUUUUCAAAAUUGUUUAGUUUUCUUGCACUUAUUUGCAUUUUUCUUUAAAAAAAUUUUGUCUGUUUACUGAUAAAAUGAGAUAGUGUAAGAAUUAACGUUUUAAUUUUAUUAUUAUUUUAUUUCAGGAACAAAAUCAAACACCAUGUUUGUUUCAAGGACAGAACUUUUCAAUAUUCUCAGAAUUUCAAAUAAAAAUGAAAUUGAAGAACAAUUUGCGCUUAUAUAAAACUUUUAUAAUACAGUAAUACCCCGACUUACGCUUCCCCGUUUCGGCUCUCUCGCUCCGCCCUCUCAGUAUUUAGUUUGCGGCAGAUUUAAACAUGUUCCGCGUGGAAUUGUUUUACGUGCACAGUCGUUUUACUUAUAAUCUCUAAUUAUGUCAUUUGAAAGAACGAAAAAUGAGUCAUUUAAGCCUGACAAGAAAAGAAAAACACUGUUUGGAGUGUAAACUGAAUAUAAUUAAGGACUUUGAAGCAAAAAUUAAAAUUUGUGAAUUGGCAAAGAAAUUUGACCUACUGGAAUCAACAGUCUGAACAGUUAUAAAAGGUAAAGAAAAAACUAUGAACGCUGCGAAAGACUCAAUCUUUGAAUUCAACAAAUGGAAACAUUGCUACAGUCAUGGUGUGAUAAUCAAGUAAGAGUGAAAAAUUGUCCUGUUGAUAAAAAUACAGUGUGCUUUCAAACAAAGCAGAUUUUUGAAAAACUAAAAGAAGAAGCUGGGAAGUGUUUAAAGCUGGUUCAGCCGAUUUAAGAGUGGUUCUAAUUGGCAUAGCUUCGCAGAGAGUGGAGAAGCGGCAAGCGCUGAUAAAGAAGCUGCAUCUCUACCCAGAAAAACUCCAGACAAUGAUAGAUGAAAGUGGCUACACGGGCCAAACCAUUUUCAACGUAGAUGAACCGGUCUUUUUUUGGAAGAAAAUGACUAAAAGAUUUUUUAUUGCGCGUGAAGAGAAAACUUUUCCAGGUUUUAAAGCC